CUUAUUUGUUUAACAUGGCUUUAUAGAUUUGUUUUAUCUGUCAAUAGUAGUAAUAAUAAACUGUUGUUAACACGCAAUGGAAGAUUUAUUACAAUCCCAAAUAAAGGACAGCUGUAAGCUGGCGUUACCUGAAGGCCUACAGGAUUUAAUGUCAGAUAUUUCUAGGGAAGUAUUACGUGUACAACCACAAAACCUCUGCCAAUUCAUAGCCCGCUAUCUAUCUGCACUGUUGGUAACAAGAGAAAACUUGCACAUUGCUUCUCGAGUAUGUAGCAAUAUCUAUGAGGGUAGUUGUAACCCGGAAUUGGAAGACGAGUUGAGAUACAUUGGCUUAAAUGAGGAAGACGUAGCCAGUGCUAAAACUGUGAUAAUGAAACAUUUUGAAACUGGUCAAGUGAAUGAAGGUAAACUAAUGAUGAAACUGAUAAAAGAGACGAGCAUAGACAACGCUCAGCUGGCUGCUGUACAGAGAGCAGUGAGAAACGCUUUCCGACGUCAUCAAAUUAACAACACCACUAUUUACCAGUCGUCUUCUGAAAGCUCGGACGAGGUGACACGAGCUGCGAGCCACACGUUGCAACUGUAUCAUAAAACGAAACCUACAGACAAUGAGUGUCAUCUAAUGACCCAGAAAAUACAGAGCGUACAAUCAGACGUAUCGUUACAGUCUAAACCUAUUCUAUGCACUGUAUCGUCAAGUUCCCUAGCUGGAUCUCUGUUAAAUCUACCAAAAUACAAGCCGUACUCUGUCCACGACACGAUUGCACUUGGCGAAUUGGACGAAACACCUGAAAUAGAACACACUGUUACAGAUUACACGACUAAUUUUGAUAGUAUAGAUGAUAAAGAUGUUUUAUAUCAUAGAAGAAGUAUCAAAUUUAAUAAUGAUCCCGAAAUACUUAGUAACAAUGUGAAUAAUGAACGCGACUCAGUUCAAGGCGUUGUCGAUAUAGCUACAGAUGCUGACGACGAGUCAGAAGAGUCAAUUGAAGAGAUAUUUGAGGAACAAUAUGGAAGCGAUGUGGAGUAUAAUUGA